AGCCCAUUGGAGCCAUGUAUGCUGUGCCUGGCAUCCCAUGGGGGACAGAGUGCAAGGCCACAUAAUGGGGGCUCCUUGGGGACUUGAGAGGUGACAGCCUGCAUGGGGCACAGCAAUGGGGGCUCUGUGCAGUGCUCUCUGUAUGUCACUGGGAAACCAAAAGUGCCACCACACAUGACAGCUAUUUAUCACAUGAGGUGGAGACUUCAUGUCUCCAUCCCGUCCCCAAAGAGGAAAUGAGAUUGCCUCUCUGGUCACUCCUUGUCCCCACUGCAGUCUCGCUGUCCCCAAGCUGCUCCUGCCUCAUGGCACCAAUGGUGGUGGCCCUCAUCCUGGGUGAGUGACAAUGGGGACGUGGUGCCACGGGGGUUGGUGGCCCUGUGUGGGACCCAAACCGUGUCCACUGCAGGUUGGUGGCUGGUGGCAGCGAGCAGGGCACAGCAAUGUGAGUAUGGGGACAGGGGGAGAAUGGGGACAGAGGGAGGCGAGUGUGGUCAGGGGGCCAGCAGAAGGGCCCAGGCGGGUGUGCAGGGAUAAGGCUGACUGUUGUCCCCUGUCCUAGUGCCCCGACCCUCCCUGUCGCUGCACCCCAUCCAGAGGGUGUCCCUGGGGGACAAUGUCGCCCUGCGGUGCCACCUGCCCCGGCUGGCUGCCUGGGUCUGGCUGUACCAGGAAAGAGGUUGGUCGUACAACAAGGGGAAGGAGAAGGAGCAGGACGCGGCCGAGUUCUCCUUUGUUAGCACACAGCGGGAACACGCAGGUCGCUAUCGGUGUCAGUACCGGGUGUCUUGGUCAGUAGGGGCAUCAGAGAAGAGUGACCCCGUGGAGCUGGUGCUGACAGGUGAGGACACUGGGGACAGCAAAUGGCUCUGGCUGCUCCCCACAGGACCAUAUCCCACUGCUGUCCCCUCCCUCAUGCAGAUCACAGUUAUUCCCCACCCAGCAUUUCCAUUCACCCCGAGCAAUGCGUGGAGAUGGGGACCAACAUCACCAUCCGCUGCUGGAACAAGGACUACGGGGCCGCCUUUUUCCUGCACAAGGAUGGGAGCUCAGCCCCUAUCAAGCACCAGGACUCCAGUGGUGGAGGUGCUGCAAAGUUUACCUUCCUGGCGGUGACCCCAGCUGACAGUGGCACCUACAGGUGCUCCUAUCGCUCCAGGGGUUACCCCUUUGUGUCCUCACCCCUUGGGGACAGCGUGAUGCUGGAGGUGACACCCACAGCUGCACCCUCAGGUGCUGUGGAGCAGUCCUGUGCCAAUCUGGUGAUGGCACUGGUGAGGGGCUUUGUGGCUGCACUCGUCUUUGGCCUCGGAGUCUACUUUGUCAUCGAUGCCCGCAGCCUCUGGAUACGGAGAGAUGACAACUGUGGUGCCCCCCCAGUGACAGUGAGAGUCUGACCUACGCCGAAAUUCAUGCUGUGACCCCUGCUCCCCGGCCACCCAUCAGCCCCCCAUUAUCUACACCCAUGUGAGCUGUGGGGGACCCCUGCUGAUACCCCCACACCCGCAUUGGUUCAUUUUUAAGGCAUUCUGAAAGGGACACACCCCAAAUUCCCCACUUGGAGCUCCAUGAUACAGCAAUCCCAUCCAUAUACCCCUAAAUCCCAAGAAAUCAAACAUCCCCAAAUCCUCCCCUGUGCAGCUCAUCUCAUUUAAAGACCACCAAAUCCCUGAAUUCUCCUCUGUCACCCCCAAAUCCUUCCUGAUUCCCCUCAAAUCCCGUAACAUCCCUUGAGAUCACAAGUACUCCUUAAUCCACCCCAAAACCAAACACCUCUGCUAGAUAUCCUGCAAAUCCUUCCCAGUCCAACCCCACAAUUCCACUGAAGACCCACUCACCCCACAGCACAUCCACCUCCAAUUUGACCCCCCGGAGAUCCCUCCCAGAGUCUCCCUCCUGCUCUUCUGUCUUGCAGAUCCUCAAAAUGGAUUCAAAAUGAUUGCUUUUCUCCCCCCAUCACCUCUCUCCCUUAGGUUCCUUCUCUGCUUCUCUCCAUUUCCUUUCUUUUCUUUCUCUUACUCGCUCUUCCUCAUUUUCCUCCCAGUCAUCUUUUAGACUUCUCCUGCAGCAGCCAUAACCUCAAUUUCCCUGGAGGUAGCAGAGAAGGCAAUAACACCAGUGUCAACAUAUCCUUUAUCCCUAGAUCUCAUUCAUUGCUACUAGGAAGUCCCCAAAUUUUGUUGCAGGGCAGUUGAUUAGCUGAAGGUGGAAAGUUCAAUAAAUGGUCUUCUGU